AACCAUAAAAUAUUGUUUCUUCUCGCUUGUUCUUCUUUCUCCUUUUUUUUUUUUUUUUUGGUGAGUUUGACUGUAACGAUCUGUUUGAUUCUCUCGUCUGCAUUAGAGAGUCGCUAAACUUUUGCAAAGAUUCCAAAUUAGAUGUCUCCUAGGACCUCGGCGUUCCAUUCCUUUGCAUGAUUUGUUGGAUAGAAUUUGAUCGAAAUCAUCCUAAAAGUAGGUAUUGGAAUGAAGCAAUCAAAGGAUCCAUUCGAAGUAGCAUUGGAGGAGCAAGAGGAAUCGCCACCUGAUUCCCCAGUUGGUGAGGAUGAGCUGAACAACCAAACUCCAAAUGAACCCCAGAACCAAACCGAUGGUGGACACAAUUUACUUGUAGAUGAUGAUGAUUACGAUAAUAUUGGUCCCAACAUAAAAAAUCCCUCUCAUCCGUCGUCAAGUUCAACUCCUAAGUUGCACUCUACAAGUGUUAAUGCUAAUGUUGCUACUAGAGCUACCACCAAGAACAAAGAAUAUGAAGAUGAGGAAGAGGAGGAAAAUGUGGAAGUUGAGCUUAGCAAGUUCCCUUCUAGUGCUGACCCUGCUAAAAUGGCCAAGAUGCAAGCCAUUUUAUCGCAAUUCACUGAGAAUCAGAUGAGUAGAUAUGAAUCAUUUAGGAGAUCUGCGCUUCAAAGGUCUAACAUGAGAAGGUUGUUGGUAAGCAUAACUGGCAGCCAGAAAAUUUCUUUACCAAUGACCAUUGUCGUGUGUGGUAUAGCGAAAAUGUUUGUCGGUGAACUUGUUGAGAAAGCUAGAAUAGUCAUGACAGAGAGAAAAGAAUCCGGACCAAUUAGGCCUUGCCACAUUAGAGAAGCUUAUAGAAGAUUGAAGCUUGAAGGCAAAGUGCCUAAGAGAUCAGUGCAAAGGCUGUUUCGCUAAGCAGAUCAAGAAACAAGCUUGGUCAUCGAUUAUCAGGUCUUUUUACACGGUUUGCACAUUUGACUACACUUGUUAAACUAAUUUCUUUUGAACCUUAUUUUACCUUUCAUCCUAUAUUCAUUUCAAUAUAGAGGUAGGUAGAUCCCUGUAGGCCAUAAAUCAAUGUAUAUUUUGUGUCUGCGUAAGGCUUGGGAUGUUUUGUUCAACUACAAAAUCUGAAGUACCACAAUCACUUUGCGAAAUGUGACUGAUCUGCCGGCUGACUUCAUUUGCGAGCUUCAACGAGUGAAAUUUAUGGAAAUUACAGUUCCUUAUGAUUUCAAUUCAAUUCAUUUGUAUGAUAUUGUGUUGAGGGGAGGUAUACCAUUAACUUGGACCUGUCAUUCUAUCGCACUGGGGGUCAGAUGUUAACAUGCUUUUAUUAAUAUUUGUGAGAUGAUGGUCAAUAAUGGCAGAAGAAAGAUGAUUGUUCUUUAGUAGAACAACCUGAACAACCUGAAAUGUGAUUGUUAUAUAUGAAUGCAUCUGGUCUUAGUAUAGGGAUUAGCAUGAAAUUUCAUAGCUCCAUAAUCUUGGCUGGUAUUUUGUACCUUGUGCAUUUGGUCUUAAGAUAUAUAAAUGUGUAUUAAAUCCCCAA